AAAAAUCCCGUCUUUGCCUCCUGCGCUUCUUUUUCUUCCCUUCUUCUUCGAUUCUGAGGGGUGAUCGGCUUCUUUUGUGGGAGAUCCCUCUCGCGGUGUCGCGCGCCGGUGGUUUUCCAAACAGAGUCGGGAUUUUUACUGGUUUUUGGAGUUUUCCUUUUUCUCGAAAUUUCGCACCCUCCUGCUUUUAUGGGAAACAGUGAAAUGUUCAAACUUGCCUGCAAAGACGUCCGACUUUUCGUAGCUGCGGCGUUGUUUCUACCGGAUUCAAAUGGAGAAAACCCCUUUUCUUGUUGGCUAAUUUAGUUGUCACGACAGGCGUUGCCGUCGUAAAGAUUGGGCGAACAUGAACCGCUGCGCGAUGCAACAGAACCCUUUCGCCGCCUACGAAGAGAUGAGGACCACUUUCGCCGCCGCGGAAAGGAAGCCCCCUGUCUUCUGCCCGAAGCCCCGGCGGCUCAGCCCGCCCGCUGUCGUCGCCGAUCCGAUCUGGCCCCUCCGUUGGCACUCGAGUCGUCAAGCAGAUUUCUCCGAUUCGAACGCCGUGGCGGACCUUCUUGAUAUCUUGCUCGCAAAGGAUGGUGAAGAACAGAACCAAGAGGCUUCUUCGCCGCCCUUCUUCUGCGGCUCGCCUCCAGACCGUGCGGCAAACCCGGUCGUCCAUGACGCCCGUUUCGGCGAGGACCGUCCGCCGCUGGCGCCGUUCGCCCCUGUGCAACCGGCCCAGUCCGUCACGCCGAUGUCCCCCAAGCACGCCAAGUUCGGGCUCCUGCCGGCGGCCGUGCGGGUCGAGGGUUUUGAUUGCCUCGAUCGCGGCUGCAGCAGCAUCGCUGCUGUGGCCUGAACGCCCGCAUGCGCCUCCGAGCUUUCUUUUGGAGCGCGGUGAGAGGAAGAGUGAGAGAAAGGGAGAAUUGACAUCAACAAAUCAAAGAAAACCAGCUGUAGGAGAAGAACAAGUUGGUAAUCUGGGAAUGCGUUUUGGCUCUCCAUGUAAACUGUACAUCUUACUAGUGGUGCACCAAUAUUGUGUACUAUUUGUGUGGGAGAAUUGUAUGUAGAUAUCAAAAUAAGGAAAGAUAGAGAGUUAGGAUGAGGAGGAGAAGGAAAGCCAAGUUUUUUUGUGUUUUGUUUUGAUCCAUAUGGAGGGUAAGAGGUGUUCUAUUUCAUCCUGUGCUGAAAUAUUCAUCAUCUUGUAUAGAACUCUUAGGAGGAAAUCCUCGAAUCAUGAAAUUGUGUAUCUAUUCAUCAUGUAUAAAAUUUUGUAUUCCUUUUCCUCUCUA